AAGCCCCGCGCGCGGACGGACCGGAACUCUAAGCGGGUGGCUUGUUGAUAACAUGGCGGCAGCAGCUGCCGGGGCAUCCCGAGGAGGCGGCAGCGCCCACACCCGGAAGAAGGGGCUGUUUUCGGACUAGUGCAGCGGCUCCUGCGGACCCGGAAGUCCCGGCCAGCCGCUGAAUGAGGGGAGCCGGACCCUCCCCGCGACACUCCCCCCGCGCCCUCCGCCCCGACCCGGGCCCCGCCAUGUCCUUCUUCCGGCGGAAAGUGAAAGGUAAAGAGCAAGAGAAGACCUUCGAUGGCAAAUCCAUUAAAGCUUCAAUAGCCGUACAUUCCCCACAAAAAAGCACUAAAAAUCAUGCCUUGCUGGAAGCUGCAGGACCAAGUCAUGUUGCAAUCAAUGCCAUUUCUGCCAACAUGGACUCCUUUUCAAGUAGCAGGACAGCAACAUUGAAGAAACAGCCAAGCCACAUGGAGGCUGCUCACUUUGGAGACCUCGGCAGAUCCUGUCUGGACUAUCAGACUCAGGAGACCAAAUCCAGUCUUUCAAAGACCCUUGAACAAGUCUUGCGUGACACUGUUGUCCUUCCAUAUUUCCUUCAGUUUAUGGAACUUCGGAGAAUGGAGCACCUGGUGAAAUUUUGGUUAGAGGCUGAAAGUUUUCACUCUACAACUUGGUCCCGAAUAAGAGCACACAGUCUAAACACAGUGAAACAGAGCUCACUGGCUGAGCCUGUCUCUCCAUCUAAAAAACAUGAAACUCCAGCGUCUUUUGUAACUGAGUCUCUUGACAGGAGGUUGGGGGAUUCUAGCUCAGCCCCACUGCUUGUGACUCAAUCAGAAGGAACUGACCUGAGUAGUAGACCUCAGAACACUCAGAAUCACUUGCUGCUUUCCCAGGAGUGCCACAGUGCCCAUUCUCUCCAUCGUGAAGUGGCCAGAGCAGGAACUCAUCAGACUUCCACGGACUCCCAAGAAUCCUCUUCCAGACUUGCAGUAGCCAGUAGGAACAGUUGCUCCUCUCCACUGAGAGAACUGUCAGAAAAACUAAUGAAAAGUAUAGAACAAGAUGCAGUGAAUACUUUUACCAAAUAUAUAUCUCCAGAUGCUGCUAAACCAAUACCAAUUACAGAAGCCAUGAGAAACGACAUCAUAGCAAAGAUUUGUGGAGAAGAUGGACAGGUGGAUCCCAACUGUUUCGUUCUGGCACAGGCUGUAGUCUUUAGUGCAAUGGAGCAAGAGCACUUUAGUGAGUUUCUGCGAAGUCACCAUUUCUGUAAAUACCAGAUUGAAGUGCUGACCAGUGGGACUGUUUACCUGGCUGAUAUCCUCUUCUGUGAGUCAGCCCUCUUUUAUUUUUCUGAGUAUAUGGAGAAAGAAGAUGCAGUGAAUAUCUUACAAUUCUGGUUAGCAGCGGAUAAUUUUCAAUCUCAGCUUGCUGCCAAAAAGGGCCAGUAUGAUGGACAGGAGGCACAGAAUGAUGCCAUGAUUUUAUAUGACAAGUACUUUUCCCUCCAAGCCACACACCCCCUUGGAUUUGAUGACAUUGUGCGAUUAGAAAUUGAAUCUAAUAUCUGCAGGGAAGGUGGGCCACUUCCUAACUGUUUCACAACUCCAUUACGUCAAGCCUGGACUACCAUGGAGAAGGUCUUUUUGCCUGGUUUUCUGUCCAGCAAUCUUUAUUAUAAAUAUUUGAAUGAUCUCAUCCAUUCAGUUCGAGGAGAUGAAUUUCUUGGAGGGAAUGUUUCACUGGCUGCUCACGGCUCUGUCUGCCUCUCUGAGGAGUCUCACUCAGGUGGUCCCGAUGGCUCCACUGCUCAGUCUAGUGUGAAAAAAGCCAGUAUUAAAAUUCUGAAAAAUUUUGAUGAAGCAAUAAUUGUGGAUGCUGCAAGUCUGGACCCAGAAUCUUUAUAUCAACGGACAUAUGCGGGGAAGAUGUCCUUUGGGAGAGUUAGUGACUUGGGGCAGUUCAUCCGAGAGUCUGAGCCUGAACCUGAUGUGAAGAAAUCAAAAGGUUUCAUGUUUUCACAAGCUAUGAAGAAGUGGGUGCAAGGAAAUACUGAUGAGGCCCAAGAAGAGCUAGCUUGGAAGAUUGCAAAAAUGAUAGUGAGUGAUGUUAUGCAGCAAGCACACCAUGAUCAACCACUAGAGAAAUCUACAAAGCUAUGACUCAAAAGCAGAAAUAAGGAAAUCUGAUUUUGAAAAAAUAAGAACUUUCCCCUUUGGUUGGAUUCCUCAACACAGCCGAUGAAAACGGAGCGCUGCAUUUCUUUUCACUGCUAGAUCAUUGUUGUUUCCAGAAAAGAAUGGGAGACAGUCUGAGAGCGGUUGUUCAGUGUAGACAUAGAUGACACACAUGAUGGUAACACAGUGAGUCCUGAGAUACGAAGUGGUGUUGGUGACAUUACUAGACUGUUAGUUUUCCGGCGGCCAUACCCACUGGUAUAGACGGGGACCACAUGCUUACAGCAGAUUCCUUCCUUAGCUGUGUCAGAAAGCAUGACAGAGGUGCUUCUAUCUUGUCUCCUAGAGGUCACAGGUGAGUCAGUCCUGUCUAGAGUGAGCAUUUCCAAGUGGCAAUGUGGGCCAGCAGCCUGUGGAGCAGAGGACAAUUCCUUGUGUAGUCUUCCUUCACUGAAGCAUUAAUUUAGAAAGCUGGCAAGUCGUAGGUCAAGCCUCAGUGAUGUUUCUCUUCACUGACAGAACACACUAUUCACAUUUCUUUCACUCCUGAGAUGAUACAUCCUUAAAGCUAGUCUUUCCUCCGCUGACAGAAGGGCAAAUUUAGUUUACUUUGAGCAUCAAGACCCAUUCCUCUGUAGGAAUGCUAUGCUCCAGAUGCUUCAUUCCCUCUUCAGAAUACACAUGGAAAAAAAUGAUCACUCCAGUUUUUCCCAUGUGGUACUUAAAACACAUUUACAAAUUCGAUUUUAUUUUUUAAUAAGGUGGGGACAGAGCACUCCCUUUAGAGUGUCUCCCCAGUUCUUCACUGUGAGUGGGAAAUGUGCAGGUGCCUUUUCCCUUUCUGUCUUCAGACAGUAGGAGACUCACUCGCUGCCCUUCUGCUGAGUUGGCUUUGCACCUGUGGCACAGCCGUUGGCGGGGCCACCCGGUUGGCAAGCACACUCCCCUGGCCGGCCACAUGGCAUCAGUGCUUCCUUGUGUGUAACAGUUUAGAGAGAAAGGGCGUUUUCUUAGGUAUUACUGCUUUUGCUCAGAAUUUGUAAAAGUAUAUAUAUAUAUAUAUAUGUAUGUAUAUAUAUAUAUACAUAUGUAUAUACACAUAUAUAAAAUUAAUAAUCACCUCUGUCCUUGGGAAAGUCUUUAAUGAACAGAAAAUUUAUUUCAUUGCAAUAUUGAUUGUAUAGAGGCACACUGUUCAACAGAAGAAGCAAAAAGGCUGUGUAUAAGUUUUUGGUACUAUGUACCAUCUCUGUUAUUCUGAAGUAUUCAUGUACUUAAACCAUAUUCUAUUUAAUUGUGUUUGAUUUUAAAUAUAUAUAUAUAUAUGAAUUAUAUUUAAAAUGGUGUCAACUUCCUACUUUCAGGGCAUUUAUGGCUCUCCUAUUAAAAUAUAUUGACCCUUCCUAAUAUUUCCACUUGUUUUACAAAAUUCCAGACCAUGGUCCCCUCCUGGACAUAGCCUUGUGUUUGGGUAUAGACAUAGACACGAGAUUUUAAUUAGUAUAUGUGCUGUUGUGGCUUAUUCUGUUCUUUUAACAAAGUAUUUCUGCCCAUUUCACAUUGCUUCAAACUUUAAGUGAAAAGCAACAACAAUCAUAGAGUAAAAUGUGAUUCUGAGUGUCCCCUGCCUUUGCAUGUUUUAGAGUAAAAAAUUCUGUAAUGCUCUUGGCUAUUUAAAUUAGUGGGUUUUUAAAAAGUACUUUCUAGUGAUUUCUUUGUGUAUUUUGUGCUUCUGAGGUCAAGAUGUCAGUAUUUGUAAGCUAUGUCUAAGGGGAAAGAGCAAAUCUGAGAUUGGUUUUAUUUUCUGCUCUGCCUACUGUGAGAUACAGGAGCAGAGGGACCCAAAGCGAUUAAGACCAAUCUUAUGUUAGAUCCUUGCACUCAUUUAAAAUUAGCACAAGAUUCACCUAACAUUGAUCACCCACCCACCAUGUUCCAGGCUCUAUAUAUCCACAAAAUGAUUCCAACAGGGUUUUUAAGUCUAAGGAAGCAGUUAAACUUCUUAUUAUUCCAUUGUUGUCAGCUAGCGGUUUGUUAAAAGUCAACCUACUAAGGAGAAAGUGACAGCACUGUAAUUUGGUUUGUCUUCAUCAUUCCUACAUGAAAAUCAGGUGUCAACCACAUCCAGUGAAGUGCAGUGAAACAGGAAACAGUCUUUUCUAGUUGGAUUCCAGUAUCGUUAAGGCUUUUUAGAGAUGAAAAUAGUUUACACCACUAGAGCUUUUGUUUUCAGCUGUUUGAGACAAGGUUUCACUGUGUAGUUAGUUCAGCUUUAGCCUCCCAAAGUCAGGGAUCAGAGACACAGCCUCCAUACUGUUUCAGCAUCAAUAACUAAGCAGCUGAUGUAGCAACUGAUGUCUCUAAAGGCACUGUCAAGACUCUGCCUGACUCAGCACCCUCAGUGGCCUUUCUUUUUUCACCCUCUUCACUCUUCUCUAGCAUGCUAGUUGUUUAAGCCAGGGAUGAACUAAUUGAAAUGCCCAAUGAUAAUUCUGUAUCUUGAGGCUUUUGCAUGAAGGAGAAAAAUCAGUCGCUACUGGAAAGAAGAGAUGACCUGGGUACUUCCCCUGGCAGGAGUUAGCACUGGUGAAUAGGCCUGAGAGGCAGGAGGCUUUGCUUAGCCUGAAGACUUCUCUGGUCUCCUCAUCCAGUUCUGUACCCUUGCCUUGGUUUUCAUUCAUCCUUAGGGUAUACUGAGAAUGCAUCUGGAUUUUGUUUUAACAAGAAUCUGAAGUGACUUGUUAGUACAUGCAGCAGAAAGGAUCUUGAUAAAGUACUAUCACAGUACUCUAAACAUUACGACCAUGUGUUCAGCCCAUUGUUAAUUACUGUGACAUUUUGGAGCAGGAUUUUUCUGUAGUAAGCCUGCCUUGAUCAUCUUGUGUAUACUGUUGAAAUGGAAUCCUAACCUCCUGAAACUAAAACACUCAGUUCGUUUACUGAGAAGUUACUCACGCCUUAGAAAGGCCCCUGCUGUAUUGCAGGAUGGUCACCAUCAGAAUUCAUGCAUCCUAGGCCAGGGCUUCUUCAUGUUUCCUCAUACUCUUACCUAAGAAUAAGCUUAAUCCCCACUCUUAGCUGUCUACCAACUGAGAAACAGAAGUCAUUUCAACAAGGGGGGAGGUGGUGACUCUGAGACCUAUGUAGAUGUGGAGCACAUCUAUAUCUAGCCCACACCUCUAUACCUCGGAGCCAUAAAGGAUGCUGUAGAACUUGAACAGGAUACAUUAAACCCCUGUUAAAGAUGAUACAUCAACACCAGAGGAACCUGAGGUUCAGUGGGAGGAUACAAAGAUCUUGGAGUGGGUUAAAGAGCUGUUUCCCAAGGAUGAAUGAGAGAUGAGGAUUCCAACACAGCUUUUCUUCUGGUUUCUGGUUCCAAGACUACGUUUGAAUGUGCCUUUAGGCUGGUCCCUAACUGAUCCCAAACUGACCUUUGUAUCAUAGUAAGAAUCCCACAUACCUAGUCAUGAAAGAGGUACUAGCUACCAGGUAUGCUGGCACCUAUAAUCCCAGAACACAGAAGGCUGAGGCAGAAGGAUCACAAGUUUGAGGCCAGCUUAGACAAAACCCAGUCUCAAAACUGAAAACAGGUCCUGGAGAAAUUGCUUAGCAAUGAGAGUGUAUACUGCUCUUGUAUACUGCUCACUCGCAUCUAGCCUUCGUGUGCACCUACAUUCACAUUGCACAUACAGGUGUGUAUGUGUGUGUUUUAAAUGAAAAUAGUUUGUAGCUGAAAGAAACACUUGACCAAGACUUGGCCCUUCAGAGUGGUAUAGCUCUAAGUGGUAGCCAUUAAAACUCAGCCUGAUACCCAGAUUUUCCUUUUUCUUGUUUCGCCAAAGAGCAGCCUUUGUUCCUUCUGCUUAACUGCUAGUUUAAGUAUGUGAGUGUUUACUCUAUAUACUAUUUAUGGUUCUGUGGUAGAUGAGAAAAUAAGAUGACCUUCUAGAACCCUUGGAGUUGCAUCUAAAGCAUGCUGGGCUGGGUGUUUGUCAGUGGUAGAGUGCAUACUUAGCAUACAUGGGGCUCUCGGUUUCAUCCCAGCACCAGUAAAUAAAAUAUGUACUAGUUUUUUGUGGGCUUUUUUGUUUUUUAACUUGGGUGGCCUUUUGAACCCAUGAUUUAAUUCUUCUACUACCUAGAGCCCUAUUGGGCGUCACCACUCUUUCAUGCCUUCCCAAUUUCACCGUUCUGUGAGGAUCAGUCACUGUACCAUCCCACUUGCCUGCUGUAAGUUUGGGCACUUGGUCACAUGUCAAAUGGGGCAUAUAAACAGCUUGUCUGAUCAGUAAGGCUGUUUCUGAACAGGACAAAAAUAAAGUGUAGGAUUGACCUUGACCUCAAAGCUCUUUGCAAAACUUUGAGACAUGUUAAUUCUUAGAGGCUAGAAAUGGGAAGAAGAGUUGUGUAAGUUUAUCACACACAGACACUCACACACACACGAUAUAAAAUUUUGACUUUGGAAAAACCUAGCUGGGAAUCGAACUAAUCCAUGGGCUUUGUGAAUCUUCCUUAUUGAUAAUAAUAGCCAGCAUAAUUGACCACUUAGGAUGUACUGAGCAUUAUGCCUUAAAAAGGUAAGUACUUUUUUCUUUUUUAUGUUAAUUGACACUGAAGCUGGAAGAACAAAGGAAUCUCUAGGAUGGCACAGCCAAGGACAAACCAAGUAGCCUUCUUUCCCACUGCUAUAAUGGAUGCCAGGACUCACUACGAACUAGUAUAGCAACUGUCAAAGGGUUAAGAAAAACUUAAGCAUCCAGGAACUGGUUGUGCUCCCCUUUAAUCUCAGCACUCAGGAGGCAGAGGCAGGUAGAUCUCUUGAGUUCAAGGCCAGCCUGGUUUAUUCAGUGAGUUCUAGGAUAGUCUGGGCUCUAUUCCGCAAAGAAAGCCUGUCUCAAAAAAACAAAACUAAAUAAAUAAAAGAGAAGAAGGAAAAACUUAAGCUGGGUGUGGUGACAGACAUCUGUAAUCCCAGCUCUUAGGAGGUAGUAACAGAAAGAUGUAGUUUAAAAUGAAUAGCAAGGGCAGCUUGGGCUGUGGAGCCUGUCUUAAGGAAAGGGAGGAAGGGAGGGGAGGGGGGUUCAAUCCAUACCUUAAAACAGUAGGGCUUUUUUGUUUUUUGAGGUGGUCUUCAAGCACAUCAGUCUGGUUUCCAACUUCCUAUGUGGAAGAGAGUGAUUUAGAACUCCGUUAUCUCCUCCUGCCUCCCAAAGUGGUACAGGCAUGUACAAACACAUUUAUGUAAUGCUGAUGACCAAACUCAGGGCUUUGGGCAUGGUAGGCAAGCAUUCUCCCAACUGAACUGUAUCCCCAGCCUGAAAAGCUCUUUUCUAAAACUUCAUUGUGUACCUGAAUCUCCAGAGAGACUAGUUAGCACAGAGGCUGCCUAGCUAACCUCCAAGGCAUCUGAUCUAUUAAGUCUGGGUAGAACCUGAGAAUUUUCACAGCAGAUUAUAGCUGCUGCUGGUAAGACUGCAGUUUGAGACUUACUGCCUUAAAAUCUUCCCUGCAACUAGGGGAAUGAGUAUUUCUGUUCUGGUUAUUGGGAGUAUGAUUUAAUUACUCUUGAUCCCCUGACACCUGUAGUCUCUCACAUGUUUAUCAAAGCUGAGAACAUCCAAACCUCACUCCACAGUCUUUCCUCUGUUUGUCUCAGCCCCUUGGUUCUGGCCACCCUCUGAGGUCCUGCCCAUGCUCCCUGGCCUAUUGUCCUUUGCCGACCCUCUUUCCAUAGACACUGGUGUCUUGUUCUCCCUUUCCUCCUCUCUGUGCAUCUUCUCCAGUUCUUCAUCUAGCACAUACAUCCUUAAGACUAUUUUGGUUCCGAGCAGUCCAGCAGUUCUGUGGACAGAUUUACUACCUUGUCUUCCUUGCAGUCUAGAAAACAAGUAUUGACAGUUCAAUAUAAUAUGUUUUGAAAGAGGAAGGAGUCUGUUGGAGUUAGGAUAGGUGGAUUUUUCUAUCUUUUCAUUCACAAAUUUCUGACCAGCCCAGUCAUUCUCCAGAAUCUGCCUAUUCUGCACAUUAUUCUCUGAUCUGGUUUUUCUCACAGUCCUGAUGCUCUCAGAUCCCCUUACCUACCGAACCAGGACUCGCUCAGCAUUGUACAGGAACACCUGCUCCAAGCUGGUGUGACAUUCACAUUCACAGCCGUACUUGGAAGGCUACCCUUUCUAGUAUCUGGCCAGCUCCAAGCUGUUGGGGAAUCAAGGGGAUAUCUCUUGUCUUCCUUCCUCUUCCCAACAGUUUUUGAUUCAUCAUUCCCAACUUUUUUCACAGCUUCAUUUGUUCUUGAAGAAACAUCACAAUCCCUGACUGCCUAACAAUCUGGUCUCCACCUCUCACACCCCUGUAACUAACCUUGCCAUUUCCUGCUACUGUUAGCCUCUGAAGGCUUCUCACAGUUAUAGUCCAUGUGAGCCUCAGAAAGGCAAGUUUUGUGCAGUUCUGAGUUUCUCCUACUUGAAUGAAUUGGAAGCGGGUGCUUUUUUUCUAUAAAGGCAGGGCAGAGAGAUUUCUCAUUAUUCCAGGGAAACAUCCCCUCACUACUACAAAAGUACAUUUGCAAACAAGCCUUUCAAAGAGCUAUUUCAAAAGCAAUAAGCAAGUGGUUCUGUGGUGAGGAUAACAAACACACCCUCAGGGUAAGUCAAGGGUGAGGAGGACAGUUCUAAUGUGACACAUUGGUCCAGACUCCAUAGAAGAGUGUCAGACAUACAUCUUUAAACUGCUGUAACUCAAACAACUUAGAUGCUAGCAAAGGAGAUCUACUUCAAGAAACUAGGUCUAGAUAUCAUGAAGAUACUGAUUCAAAAGAUGCUUGUGGAGAAUUUGAAGUGAAUUGUUACAAUGUGAGAACGGGAGAAAAGCAAUAUUUUGUAUUAUUGUAUUAUAUAUUGUUAUUUAAAAUAAGCAUGUAUAAUUAAAUAAAUUAGAUAUUAUAAAUA